CAGGGAUUGAUAUUGAUCCGAAGAAGCACGCGGGAGCCGGUUGCCGGGCAGUCACGGGCCAGGCGUACGUCGAACAGGAGGCCGGACUCAAAUGCCUCCCGAGUGCGAGAAAAUCGAGAACGGCUGCGUGCCGGAACAGAUUUCCUUCAUCGACAGCAGGAUCAAGGAACAUCUGCGCUUCUCAACGUCCGCCACGCUAUGCGGUCGUCGAGCGAUGGUAAACAAACUCUGGUGCCAGGAAGUAGCGAGGAAAUGGUUCCACGAGAAGGACGAGCCGCCGCAUCCACGAUCUCUUACCGAACCAAAGUGCCAGAGACACGUAGCGACGUGGUACCUCCUGUAUCGCUGGUUGAUCUUCCUGGCCUGGGCAUGCAUCAUCGUAUGCUCGAUCUUCGAGUUCGGCAGCUACGAGCCCAACGUCGUGCCCAUGUACGACAAGUGGCCGAUAUACUUGACCAACUGGGAUUUGACGUUAGGCUUGAGCCAAGCUCUACUCGGCGGCUAUCUCGUGUCGCGACGAUGGAGGCAACAGAAGGUAUCCGAUUCCGAUCCGUCCAAGCUCGGGUUCAUAGACAGGGUUUAUUGGUUCCUUUACGUCGUGACCACGAACACCGCGCUCGUGGUCACGAUCACCUACUGGUGUAGCAUAUACAAUCCCGAAAUCCACUAUUUGGAUCCUCUGAACGUCAUGCUACACAUUUGUAACACUAUUUUAAUGAUACUGGAUUACUGUGUCACGAGUAUCCCGUUCAGACUGAGGAACUUCUGGUGGAGUUUGACCAUAGUGUUUGUCUACGUAACGUUUUCUAUCGUUUAUUACGUAGCGGGUGGUUUAGAUAAAAACGGUUACCAUUACAUUUAUAAGAUACUCGACUGGAAGAAACCCGUGACAACUACGUUUGUGUGCAUAGGUCAGGCAGUUUUCAUAACUAUCGUCCAUUCCCUCAUGUGUUUCUUAGAGAACGUCAAGAAUAAAUUGUAUUUGAGGGUCGACAGAAACUUGGGGAGAUCGUACGCGGAAAGUCAGGCUUGUACUACCGAGAAACGCGAUAAUAUCGUUUGAGAACUAGAGAUGAUAGGAGAAUUUGUUUAAAGGUUUUUGAAACCGAUCGUAAUUCAUACUUCGAAGUAUUAAUGUAUGUAUUCUUAGGCAAUUUUCAAUUAUCGGCAAUUACGAGUAGCGCCUACGAAGAGGGCGAAUUAGUUUCAUCCCCGUCCAAUAAAAUACUGCACCAACGAUGAUAGUCGUGGAAUCGUGACCGUGCGAAUAAGUAUUUUUAAAAUGAUUUUGUAGCGAUCAUUCACAUAGUGAAAUGUACGAAAUCGGUAGAAAUUGAAUUUAGGGAAUAAGACGAUGAAGUCGUUGUCGUCGUGUUCGAAUUUGAAAGUGUGAGCAUUUUUCACUUUGCGCUAUAUCACAUAUCGAGACAUUCCAAUCUUUUUUUUCCAACCAUUGUUUCAUAUGUACUUCGUUUUAUUGAAUCUCAAAACUACUGAAUUACGUGACAAUAAAAAUUCCAAUGUACGAAACGGUGCAGUGUACGUUACAAAAUGUGAACUCGUUUGUCAGAGUGUAGCGAAGAGAUAUUGUGCAUUAACAGCUGUAUGUACACACGAGGUUUCAGGAAUGCUAUGUACAAUGGAACAAUGUAUAAACUUUCUGGAAAAAUAGCAACAAUUUAUUAAUAAAAUAACGAUUUGAAGCAAU